GUCGGCGGCGGACGUGCGCACGCGACCUCCCCUCCCCCUGCACGAUGAGCGCCAAUGGCAGUGCGCCCGCUCCGGCUGGCGAGAACGGCUGGCGCGGCCGCAUCAAUGGCAUGCGCAUAUCGCGGCUGGGCCCGUCCAUCUGCGAGGACGAUGACUUCUGCACGUUCGACGGCGCCGGCGUGGCCGGCGAGAAGCGAGAGGCCGAGCACAGGGUCUUUGUCAAUCGGUCGCUUCACCUGGAGAAGAUCAAGUUCUUCGGGUUCGACAUGGACUACACCCUGGCCGUGUACAAGUCGCCGGCGUUGGAGAAGCUGGCGUUCGAGCUGAUCAAGAAGCGGAUGGUUAAUAUCGGCUACCCGAUCGAGAUCCUGCAGUUCGAGUACGACCAUACCUUCCCCAUCAGAGGCCUGUGGUUCGACACCCAGUUCGGUAACUUGCUCAAGGUAGACGCCUACGGAAACAUCCUGGUGUGUGUGCACGGCUUCAAGUUCCUGAAGAAGUCGGAGAUCUACGAGAUGUACCCCAACUCGUUCCUCACACUGGAAGACUCGCGAGUGUACGUGAUGAACACGCUGUUUAACCUGCCAGAGAUCUACAUCCUCGCCUGCACCAUCGACUUCUUCUCGAACGACCCCUCCUACACGAUGUCGGUGGACGGCGUUCGCAACGGUGACCUCUUCAUGAGCUACAAGUCCAUCUUCCAGGACGUGCGCCAGAGCGUCGACUGGGUGCACAUUAAGGGUGAUCUGAAGGCGAACACAGUGCGAAACCUGGAGGAGCACGUGCACCGGGACGAGCGUCUGCCCAUGCUGCUGGACCGGCUGCGCGAGAACGGCGUCAAGACGUUCCUGCUGACCAACUCCGAGUUCUGGUACACAGAGGCCAUCAUGAGCUUCCUGUUCCAGUUUGAGGGCGUGAAGCCGUGGCGCUCCUAUUUCGACUACAUUGUGGUGGACGCGCGGAAGCCGCUGUUCUUCGCCGAGGGCACCAUCCUGCGCCAGGUGGACGAGCAGACCGGGGCGCUCAAGAUCGGUCACCACAUAGGGCCGCUGCAGUCUGGCCAGGUGUACUCGGGCGGCUCGUGUGAGGUGUUCUCUAAGCUGAUCAACGCCAAGGGCCGUGACGUGCUGUACUUCGGCGACCACAUCUUCGGCGACAUCUUGAAGUCGAAGAAGAUCGUGGGCUGGCGGACCUACCUGAUCGUGCCAGAACUGACGCAGGAGCUGUCUGUGUGGACGCAGAAGUGCCAGCUUUUCGACCGCCUGCAGACGCUGGAUGUCAAGCUGGGCACGCUCUACAAGAACAUGGACUCGUCCACGAAGGAGAAGCCCGACAUCCGUGACGUGCGCGAGGCCAUCAAGGGCAUCACGCACGAGAUGGACAUGAGUUACGGCCUGCUGGGCAGCGUGUUCCGCAGCGGCUCGCGCCAGACGUUCUUCGCCGCGCAGGUGAACCGCUACGCCGACCUAUACGGAGCGACCAUGCUGAACAUGCUGUACUACCCGUUCUCGUACAUGUUCCGGGCUCCGGCCAUGCUGCUGCCGCACGAGUCAACGGUGACGCACGAGCAGACGUUCGUGGCGGAGGGGGCGGCGCUGACUCGCGCGCGCACGCUCGGCGCCGACUUCGAGCCCGCCGCGCCGCCGCUGGCCGGCGCUACCCAGUCGGCCGACACCAAGGCUCGAAGGAAGAGGGUGGUUGUGUUGGCCGACUGCGGAGACCGUGAGCGUGUGACGCCGAAGCGGCCGCGCAGAGAGCCCGUGCCGCUGGAUGUUAUGUUGCCUGUGCUGGAGCGGUCCCACACGCUGACGCGUCCCGAGAUGCCGCGCCGCCUGACUCAUCACCAUGACGACGACGAGGACUCGGAGGAGGAGAGCGACGGCUCCAAGUAGGCGUCGGCGGCGGGCCGGCGGCGCCUCCCCGGCGGUGUGCCGCGUCCUGUGAUGGCCGCCGCGGCCCGGCCACGCUGUAGGGAAGUCGCACGAGCCGCAGGUGGCCACGUACUAGACGGUCCGGCCGUAUUUUAUAUGCCUCCUAGUGAAUCUGCGUGGCAAUCAGACUGUGUUGUGGGUCGG